GCCAUCUCCAUCCCCAGCCCUCUCGAGGUGCACACUUGUUGUAGCUGACAGCCACAGCCACCACCCACACUCCCUUCCGGACAACAAAGCAAAAACACUAGGAAUCUCUCCAAACCGACAUUUCUGUCGUCUCGUUGUCUUUCUCUUCCACCAAACCACCCGUAAAGGCUAUCGCUGUCUCCCGCAUCCUUUUGAAAUUCGAUGGGAAAAUCCGACUCCGUUAGGCAUGGUGCAAAUCUCGAUUCCGCGGAGACCGUCGCCGAGCAAGACGAGCCGCCAACUGGUAGUAGUGGCUUUCACGGAACGCCCCAAGAACAAGCAGCAGCCAUAGAGAAGCAGCAGCAGUCGACCAAGCGCGCCGCCGCCGCCGCUGACGCCGCCUCAUCCUCUUCUCACCAAACCCCCACCCUCUCCCGCCCCCAGGCCUCCUCGCCCGCCACCUCGAGCUCGUCCACAUUUGCCAGUGUUAGCAAUGGUGCCGUCGAGCAUCUGCCCCGCUACGCCGACAACGGCCCGGCCGCCCACUGCGUCCCCAUCUCGGAGCUCGCCGCUCUCUACCAGACGGACCUCGAGGAGGGUCUCAGCGCCGCCGAGGCCGCGCUCCGCUACGGCAGCCAUGGCGCCAACAAGAUCCAGGGCGCCAAGGGAGUUUCCCUUUGGGAGGUUUUCCUAAGGCAGAUCUCCAACAGUCUGACCAUUGUACUCCUCAUCGUCAUGGUGCUCUCCUUCUGCAUCGACGACUACAUCGAGGGCGGCGUCAUCACGGCCGUCAUUGUCCUCAACAUCGUUGUUGGAUUAAUCCAGGACUACAAGGCCGAAAAGACCAUCCAGUCCCUCUACGCACUGUCUGCCCCGACCUGCAAGGUGGUCCGCAAUGGCCAGAUCGAGACGAUCAAGGCCGAGAUGCUCGUCAAGGGAGACCUGGUCAUGAUCAGUGUCGGCGAUGUCAUCCCGGCCGAUCUCCGACUGGUCAGCGGCAUCAACCUGUCGGUUGACGAGGCUCUCCUCACCGGAGAAUCCGUCCCUAUUAGCAAGCACCCCGAGGCCGUCCUGGACGAGCCCGACGUGCCCCUGGGAGACCGUUUGAACAUGGUCUACUCGGCCGCCACGGUGACGCGUGGCCGUGCUACGGGCAUUGUCGCCAGCACCGGUAUGGACACCGAAGUCGGCAAGAUCGCCGGCAUGCUGCGACGCAAAAAGGAUGAAACGGCCGGCAAGUCGUUCACGGCCCGCACCCUGAUCCGCGCCAAGAAUGGCGCUCGCCGCAUCCUCGGCCUCGAGGGAACGCCCCUCCAGGUCAAGCUAAGCAAAUUCGCUCUGCUGCUCUUCGGCCUCGCCCUGCUGCUCGUCAUUAUCGUCUUCUCGGCCAGUGGCUGGCGGGUUGGCAACCAGGUGCUCAUCUACGGCAUCUGUGUCGGGGUUGCCGUUAUUCCGGAAUCCCUCAUCGCCGUUCUGACCAUUACCAUGGCCGUCGGCUCCAAGGCCAUGGCCAAGGGCAACGUCAUCGUUCGAAAGAUGUCGGCCCUGGAGGCUGUCGGUGGCGUAACCAACAUUUGCUCUGACAAGACUGGCACGCUGACCCAGGGCCGCAUGAUCACACGCAAGGUGUGGCUCCCUGACGGAACUACAGCUCUGGUGGAGAACACGACAGACUCACACGACCCUACCAGCGGGACCGUCACGGUUGCAGAAGUCACGAACGAGAAGGAGGCCGCCGAGGCCAUUCAGUCCUCUCCUUUCAACAGCUUUGUAGAGUCCAUCGCACUGUGCAACAAUUCCACCGUUUCGGAUGGCAAGGCUAGCGAGUCGGAGAGCGAGUCCGUCACGACGGCGACCGCCACGCUCGCCUCGCCUGUCUCCUGGUCCGCUGUCGGUGAACCCACCGAGAUCGCACUGCAGAUCUUUGCCAUGCGUUUCGGCAAGGGCAAACCGGAUCUCCUGCUGCAAGAUGGCCGCAGGCUGGUUUCCGAGUUCCCAUUUGACUCAUCGUGCAAGCUCAUGAGCGUCGUUUAUGAAACUAAGAAUUCUAAUCUGCGAUGGGUUUACACCAAGGGCGCCGUCGAGACGGUCAUGCCCCUCCUCCAGGACUCGGACAGCCUGAAGCAGAGGAUUGCCGCCAAGGCGGACGAGCUCGCGUCUGAGGGUCUCCGUGUUCUCUGUGUCGCGAGCAAGGCCGUCGAAGCAGGCGUUGACCUGUCGGAGCGGCCUCAGGUUGAGUCCGGCCUCCGCUUCCUCGGUCUUGCUGGACUAUACGAUCCCCCUCGCAACGAGACGCGUGAAGCGGUGCAAAAGUGCCUCAAGGCCGGCAUCUCGGUCCAUAUGGUCACUGGAGACCACAUCAAGACGGCCACGGCGAUCGCGUAUGAGGUUGGCAUUCUGGAUCACUCGAUGGAUCCCCUUCCUCAUCAUGCGGUCAUGGCGGCGGCCAGAUUCGAUGCUCUCUCCAAUGAGGAGGUCGACCGUCUGGAGAAGCUCCCCAUUGUGCUUGCGCGAUGCAGCCCGCUGACCAAGGUCCGGAUGCUCGAGGCUAUGCAUCGUCGCCGCGCCUUCUGCGUCAUGACGGGCGACGGCGUCAACGACUCGCCCGCGCUCAAGAAGGCCGAUGUUGGUAUUGCUAUGGGCGACCGCGGAAGCGACGUCGCCAAAGAGGCUGCCGACAUGGUGCUGACGGAUGAUAACUUUGCCUCCAUCGUCACGGCCAUUCAGGAGGGACGGCGGCUUUUUGACAACAUCCAAAAGUUCCUACUGCACCUCCUCAUCUCAAACAUUGCCCAGGUCAUCCUCCUCCUGAUUGGUCUUUCCUUCAAGGACAAGACUGGAGUUUCCAUCUUCCCCCUGUCGCCCAUUGAGAUUCUAUGGGUCAACCUGAUCACAUCGUCGUUCCUGGCCCUGGGUCUCGGCAUCGAAGAAAUGCAGCCCGACAUUCUCUCGCGCCCGCCACACGAUGUACGCAUUGGCGUUUUCACCUGGGAUUUGAUCCGCGACAAGAUGGUAUACGGCACCCUUAUGGGUGCACUGUGCCUCGCGGCCUUCUCAUCAGUCGCAUACGGCCUCCCUGGUGCCAAUGGCCUGGGCCAUGGCUGCAAUGACAGCUACAACGAAACAUGUGGCGUGGUAUUCCGCGCCCGUGCGACCACCUACGCGACGCUCACCUUCCUCCUGCUCGUCACGGCCUGGGAAGUCAAGCACUUCACGCGAUCGCUGUUCAACAUGAACCCGGAGCUUUGGCACGGCCCUACGGCCGUGUUCCGCACCGUGAUGCGUAACAGGUUUCUGUUUUGGGCCGUGGCCGCGGGCUUCCUCUUUACGUUCCCCGUCAUCUACAUACCCGUCAUCAACCGCAUGGUCUUCAAGCACGAGGCCAUCACGUGGGAAUGGGGCGUGGUUAUGGCCUGCGUCGUCGUCUACAUUGCUCUAGUCGAGUCGUGGAAGGCGAUCAAGCGCAGGCUUGGCAUGGGCCUGCAGGCUAAGACUGGUGACCCAGCGCAGCUGCAGGUAUAGGCCUGAUAUCUCCGGCAUGCCAUAUGAACGGUGACUGGUGGAGGUGGAUUGGUGGUGAUGGAAAAAAAGGGCACGGCGGUUGUAACCCGUUGGUGUCUGACGACGCUGGGGAAAAUGAUCAUCUCAAAAAAAAAUCAAGAUGUCCAAAGGACGACCCGGGGUGAGGGGGCAAUUCAACAUGUGCCGGACGCUGCGAAGUAUUUUGCGGGUGGUAUACGCUUUUUUGCUUUGCUUUCGAAUCCGUUUGAUCUCCUGCAUUCCCUUCGAUACCUUCAUUGCUUCUUGCCGAAGUACAUCCUUUCUUGCUAGCAGCAUUCAUUAUAUGCUAUUAUCCCCUGGGGCAUCACCCUUGGGGCAGUAUCAUCAGAUCAAUUGCGGAAACGACUUAUGAGACAAGUUUCUAAACCGA